GGACCUUGAACAAGUACAAUGAAGGAAGUUUGUUAAUAAAAAUUUCACCAAAGAUUAGAAGCAUAAUCAUCUAGAGGAAAUGCUGGUAGUAUGGCUCGAUGUGUAUGUUCAAAACUCUCUGCAGCAGAUAGUCUUACUCUAGGGGCUGUCCAGAUUAUGAUUGGCAUAUUUCAUGUUUUCAUGUGGUAUUUCCUAUUGAUUUUGUAUAUGGGACAAAUUAGAGGAGUCUUUGGGACGUAUGAACCUAUAACUUACAAAGCAGGAUGUUCUUUAUGGGGAGUUAUUUUUAUCAUUACAGGAGUCUCCAUAAUAAGAGCAGUAAGGCAUCAGACUCAAGGCGUGAUUACAUUUGCUUUUAUCAUGAACAUCUUCUGCAUAAUUGUUGCAGUUAUUGCAUCAAUUCUAACAGCAAUUGAGUUGUCUUCUUUUAAUUCCGUGUCCUAUAGGAAUUAUGGACAAGCAAAACUUGGAAGGGAAGUUUCACGGAUUUUACUGAUAUCUUACCCCUUGGAAUUUUCUAUUGCAUUAACUUACUCAAUCUUUGGCUGUCUUGAUUUGAGUCAUCAUCAUGAUGAAGAUACUCUCACAGCUGUUUCAGAGGAAGCUGAGAGCACUUUUUAAAAACCUUAGAAAUGUGAGAUUUCUCCUGGUGCUCAUACCUGACAUGGGCCCUAAUUAUAUCUCUGCAUAACAAGGCUGCUACAAAGCCCACAGAUUUUGUGCAAAGGAAAAUACAAACAAGCUGGAUUUUUCUUCUUGGUAUUCAAGAAAUUUCUCUGCACAUAUUUUUGUAGGCUCCAAGUAGAAAGCUUUUCCCUACUUAAAUAUAUUAUUACAAGGAGAAAUUUAUUUUCUAAGUACUCUGUACCUGUCAACUCUGUGUAACUCUAAAUCUGUCAACUCUCCCUAAUAGAGC